AUGUCCACACAAUGCAACCGCUUCGUGCAGAACGCCUGGAAGAAGGAACUCUGUUCGAACUGUUUCAAGCCGCGCGAGGAGCACACAUUGCCGGAAGAGACGUUCAGGCUGAACAUUGGCAAGGCUCUCAACUACGGGAAAACGGACAAUGUUAAGAUACAGAGUAUCCUGCGGGGGAAGGCAAAGGUGUCGUCGCAAAAGGAUCAAAGGAAGAAGAGCGUGGCGUUCACGGAGCGGCUGACGGAGAUCAUCGGUUACGGUGGCGAUGACUUUUUCUCGGACGGUGACGAGGGUGACGAGCAAGACUUCGUGGAGUCUUUGAACGGGGACGACGACGCGUUGCCAGACAGCGAGGAGGAGCGAGCUUUGGGCAACCUGACGCGUGCCAAUACCAAUUUCAACACGAUCACUGCCAACCUGACGGAGAUCGUCUCGACGAACGAGACGAGCAAGUCGUCCGCCGCGACGAAAUCCUUCGCGUCGCUGAUGCUCGGCAGGAUACAAAAGGACUCGGAGGGCAAGAAGACCACGUUGCUGGUCUCCGUCACGCCGUUCGGCGGCGACGAGUCUUUGCCGACCGCGAAGAGGCCCAGCGACAAGAAGGUGAAUGGUUUCGUCAGUGGUUUCAGCAACUUCUCCAGGUCUAAAGUGGCGGAUACUGACAAAUCAGAGACGGCGGCGAGAAGCACGAAGAAAGCUUACGACGUCGACGCAAAGAAGGAGGAAAAGAAGGAUCAAAAGUACUCGCCCGGUAUGGAGAAGAUCGUGGACAUGCCCCUGAUCACGUCCAGCAAUUUAAUUUCUGUAGUCCAACGAAACACGGAGCCUGGCGAUUCCGACGAUAGCAAGAACAAAACGUCCGAGUCGAAUGUAACCAACGUUGUCGAGAGGAGCCCGGAGUGCGGUAAAUCGGACAAGAAUGGUGCCAAUUGGCGAAGCCAACCAACGAGAAAGUCCGACGAUGAGAAAUCGAGGCUGCCUGCGCAAGCUUCGUCGAACAGCGUCAAGAUCGAGUGCGACUUUGCUGGGAAAAUUGCGAAGAUAGAGCAAGAGAACGACAAGGGUAUCGAGUUGACUCUGACGCCUUUGAAGAACGAAGCCUCUGACGAGGCUGCUGAAAGCGACAGAUCCAUGCUCGUUCGUGGGAAAGAGGCCAACAAAAUCAGCGUGUCGUUGAACGUAGAAGGUAGAAAGCUCGUCAGGGAUGAUCGUCCGUUGCUCGAAGCACGGAAAGUGGAGGGCGAAGCUACGCCCCCGGAGAAGAAAUUCAGUUUCGAGGAAAGUCGAGAAUCGGCUGGCGAGCCGGACGGAAAAGCGGACGAGGAGCAAGUGACGGAACCACCGGCUCUCCCGAAGAGUCCUCCGCCCGUUGAGGCUAGGUCUCCUCUUCAGGGCGAGACGCGCAAGACGCCGAUAAUCACCACGGAACCCAGACCGUCCUUCCUACACGGAGUAGUUCACACUAAUCCGGAGUCGAAGCUGAAGCCUACAGUGCCUCAAAAGCCGACUAAUUUCUUGGCCAAGGCCGGCUCUGUUGCUCCGUCCGAUGAGAACACGAAGAAGAGUCACGCGCUGGCUCCUCCUUCGAUUCAAAGCGCCGGUGGAAAGCCUGUUUCCACUGUUGCCGCGGGUGCCAACAGCGUCUCAUCUGCGGAACAGAUAACUUCGUCUGCACGCCUGGCGACUAUCAAAGACAAGCCAAAGGAGGGUCAAGUUGCCGCCGCCUCGCUCGUGGAUCAGAAUCGCGGCGAGAACCUCGUCAACGAGAACGCCCCAAAGGAUCCGGAUCAGCGAGAAGACAGAACUUCUCUGUCCCGUCAAGAUGCUGUCUCAAAGCCCGCCUGUCAAGGCGUCGAGUCGAAGUCACCGAGCGCCGAAGUCUCAGCAACUCCGAGAUCGUCGACCGUAGUCAAGUCAAAGACGCUGUUGACCGUUAUCAGAAGUCAAACCGCAGACGCGGGAGAUAACGUAGAGUGUCCGGCAGCGGAGGAGGAAAUUUUAGAUAGCCAGCUCUCGGCGGCGGAGUCGAUACGGUCGCCGAGCAAGAGGAGAAUGGCGCCGAAACCUCCGGCCGCCGAUCCCGCGGAGGAACUGCUUGUCCCCAGUUCCAGCUUGUUCGCCAGAAAUCCCGGGGCGAAUUUCAAAUCGGACUCGCCGGUGGUCAGGGAGAAGGAGAAACGAGAGAGAGCCUCCUCCUGCAGUCCGAAGUUUCGCAAGGCCGUCUCGGACUUGCCAGAUCCGACGAGCGCGCAAACCGUGUCGGAUCCAGCGUCGAGGAGAACGAUAUCGCUGUCGCAGGACAGCUUGACGAGCGGCACGGAAGUCCGGGAGGAAAAGAAGAGGGGCAGACCGCGUUUCUCGUUGAAGAGAUUUCUGAGGAUGGGCUCGAGGAAAGACGUGGACAUGAUCAGUGGUCACGCGUCCAGCUCGAGGAUCGACGAGAUACCGUCGACGCCGCAACCGAAGCCACGAUUGGAGAUUAUUCACCCGCUCGAGCUGGACGGCGCUGCCGUUGAAGUGGUGGGCAACGAUCGAAUCAACAGGAUAAACGAAGAUCAACCAGAUUCCUGCGGCUUGAGGGGCGACGCGGCAAGAGCAACUCGAUCACCGAUGUCCACCGCUGGAUCGCACGCCGCUGUGAGACCCGGGAAACCACCACCACCGCCGAGGAACCAGUCUCUGGAGGAUUGGUCGAGACUGGAUCCAGCGAGCAAACCGGUCAGACCACCACCGCCGCGAGUCGAGACCAAACAACCGCCGUUGAGAAGCGAAGUCAAGUCAUCCGGCAAGUCGUCGUCGUCCUCGUCGUCGUCGUCGUCCCCGUCGUCUUCGACGUCCUCGUCCUCCUCGUCGUCCUGGCAACCGGCAGCCUCGACCACCUCAGACUCGAUUUACGCGAAUCUGGCUAGCCUCUGUUUUGUGACAUGCCUUGUGUCUUGUGGUACUAACCCGUGGCGCUUGACGAUGGCGGACGUGCCUGCAGCAGCGGAGGAUGUUACAGGUGAGGUGCGCAGCUCGUUGGCACCCUCGAAACCACAAAGAACCGCCAGCAUGAGGGACCAAGCGACCUCGCAGCCGAUCGUCAAGAAACACGGCUCGUCAAGCCCGGCCCUUAAUCAGGAUUACGAGGCCGUCACGGUCACCGCGCCACCCACGUCCGAUUCACUGACGUCUAACGACAGUCAUGUUUACGAGUGCCUUUCCAGCUCGCCGGAGUGCGACUCGAAUCUCGAGCUACGGCACGGCGGUGGAUCUCAUCUCACCUGCAAGAGGAAGUCCGACAGCAACGCGAUGGAACCGGCUGCGGAAUUCAAAUUCCAUCAUCAGACGUUCGUCAGAUCGACCUCGCUGCCAUAUUGCGGCAGCGAGACCGAGAGCGAGCUCUACGCCCCGUAUGGUUUUUACACCGGCGAUGAGGGUCCCGAGGAGGAUCAAGACUGGAAGAACAAGGACGACGAAUUGAGGAUAAGCCGAUUGAGGCAACGCAGAGGUCGCAGCAUAGUUCAUCGAAGCCUCGAGGAUAACUAUGGCGCGGUGGUCGUCGCCAAUCACGAGGCCCUCGCCCAGUUUCUCGACCAGCUGAACCAAACGCCUCAAACGCCGGCAGGGCUGCGAGCGUUGAAAAAUACGAACCCGCGUUUAAGCCACUUCGGCAUCGACGCCAAUACGUCGAUCACCGUCGGCAGAAGAAUAUUUUGCUCGGCGACGUGGAACGAGCUGAACGUCACCUUGUGCGUCGCCUUCGAUCUGGCCACGCACGUGUCGCGGAAGGAAUUUUAUUUGGCACCUGUAAUCGAGUUUAUAGACAGUCCACCGAAGGAAAUUACCGACAGGGCGUGUCUACCUGGCAAUAAACAGCUCGAAGCGACAAUUUCCGUGCUGCCGCGUCUGCAAGCGAGCACGAUACAAUUGUUCGGCGCGUCGAUCAAGGAUUUGCAGGACGAGGGGACAGUUAGAGAGGCGUCGUUCGUACUUCUUCAAUUCGUCACCGCGUUGAAGAGCCUUCAAGCGCGAGGAAUCGAAGAAUCGGCGAGCAGCCUGAACAACGUGGUUCUCUGCCGGGAAGACAAGGACGCCUACUAUAGGCUCUAUCUUCUUCAAGGAUUGAACGUGGAGACGAACGAGGAACGCGAGGAGCAGAGGGUCUCAUUGUGUCAGUGCGCUCUUGUGGCGCUUCAACAGCUUAAUUUGGUCAGCAGGCUGCCGCUGAUUCGGGAACUGCUCGUGAGGGAGAAGGCCGUCACCUUGUCUCAGGUGAAAUCCGUUCUGGAAUUUUCUCUGUGGGGGCCGGCGGACGUGACGUUCGGUGGUCCACGAGAAAGGGAGAUCACCCUGCAAAGGUGGCUGGAUCUGGAAAGAGCGAACGUUCUUCACGCGUUAGUGAGGACAAGGGCGCCGCUCACUGUCACGGACGAGUACCAAUUGCUGUUCCUGGUUCGAACCAGCGCGAAGAUCAUGAGCGAAGCCUCGUUACUUCUGGACGAGCAACGAAAUCGUUUGGUUCGAUCUCGCUGACCAAUGCCCGAGCAGUGUCGUAGAAUCGAGUCUUUCAGAGAUCAGAUAUAUUAUUUAAUUAUAUUUAUAUGUGACUGUCUAAUUGUACAUUAAAGAAAUUCGAGUAACAUGCGUAGUUCUCGAGUGAUAAGAGGAGCGAAACUAACUGAAGGAUAGUGGCGAUUUUACAGAUGGAAAUUUGUGAGACAAACGCAGAUAUUAUCGUGCGCAACUGAACAUUCUCGUCUGCAUUUAAUUUAAGAGUAACAAUUGUCUUUAAUUAUUCGGUAGAUCGUAAUCUCAUUAAGUAUUUUGUAUAAAUGAACAACAAACGUCGUUCAACGUGUUUCCUCUGGCGGACAAUUUUACAGUUGAUCCGAUUAAGAGGAGAAUUACUGGAGCGUUUCGUCGCGCGGUUAUUGUCGCAAAUAUUCAAGACAGGAAACUGCAGCAAGUUAAUAUCUCCAUCAAUAUUUCCUGUUUUAAAGCUGUAUUUCUUUUCUUGAAAAUACACUUCGCUGUGUAAACACGCCCCUGUGUUGUUCGCCAGUAUCGCAACAUUUCAUUUCAACAGAUAGUAGUUCAUAAAAAUUUUGUUUUACACGAAGCGGCGUUCAACUUUGAGACAGACAAUAACAGAAGACAAUAACUUUUGUAACGUGCGCAUACGAUGAAUUUCUGAAUUUCAGAAUAUCGUUCUGCCUUUGAAAAUAAAAGGAAAACGUGACUUAUCCC